AUGCAUUACUAUGAUAUGGCAGAGACUUGGGAGUUCAGCGACGGCCCAAAACUUCUGUACACGCAGGUCAUCUUCCAGGAAGGCAAUAAAUACUUUUCAGCUCAGCUACCUGAACAAAUCGCUUGCCCAAAUGACAUCCCGCCUACCACCAAAAUCCACCUCAAGGAGAUUCCUGUCGAACACAUUUGGCCUCCGCUAGAAGAUGGUCUUUCGAUAUGCCACGAUGCUGAGAAGCCAGAUAUUUACAUCAAAAAGCCCCGGCUCACUGCCUAUGAUGGUUCGGAGUCUUUGAGUUUGUAUCUGCUUCGGGAAGCUCGUAUCUGCCAGAUCCUGAUGCAAAAUGAACAUCAGAAUAUUGCCCGCUAUCUCGGAUGUGUGGUGAAAGACGGGCGGAUAACUGGAAUUUGUUUCCAGAAAUACGUGGAAACGCUUGCCGACAGCCUUGAUGUUGGGCGCUUAGUCGACAACAAAACCUGUCUCCAGCAGGUCCGGGCGGGCAUCGAUCACCUCCAUACUCUCAAUCUAAUCCACAAUGACAUCCACCUGGGAAAUAUCAUGGUUGCAAACCAAGAAGCUGACACAUUUGUGAUCAUCGAUUUUGACUCAUGUGCUAUCAAGGGACACCCGCUCCCUGAAAAGCGAGGUCAAAUGCCGGAAGGUGCCUGUACUGCAGAACUUGUAAAUGACGAUCUCGGGUUUAAAAUGCUCCAGGAAGAACUUCAUCGGGAGAAACCUAGUUCUUGA